AUGGUGCUGCGGGAGCCGGGAACGGCGGCACGAACGGGAACAGCGGCCCCACCCACCUGGUCACGCCUCCGCCCCGUGCGCCCCCGUUUCCGCGUCGUGCGGUGCACGCCGGGAAUUGUAGUCCCACGCGCCAUCCCUAGCGGGCGGAGGUGCGGACUACAGCUCCCGGCGUGCAGCGAGGCUGCGCCUGCGCAGUGCGGCGGCCUCGGGCUGGGGGCGCUGAGGGGGGCUGGGACGGGCUCCCGAGGGGGUGUCAGUCGCCGGGACGCUCCCCGUUGCCACCAGCCCUUCUCUCCCGCAGGCCAUGAGCGGCGCCGCGGGCUGGGAGCGGCCGGAGGAAUGGCCACAGGAGCGGCCGGAGGAGCGGCAGCGCGUGGUGCCCCCGGCAAGUCCCGUCCCGAGCGUAUGCCAGCUCUGGGGCAGGGAGGUGUCCUGCAGGAGCUGGUGCUCGCAGACGGGCAGCCCCCAGCGCCUGGGAUCAGCGAGGAGCAGCGCCAGGCCCAGGAGGAGUGGGAGGCUCUGGAGGAGAUCCAGUCAGGGUUGGGGGGCACCUCGGGCACGCCCCCCCCUCCGAUUUCCUUCUCGGAGGCGCUGCAGCACUUCCAGAGCGCGGAGCUGCCCUGCAGCCGGGGCUCGGCCCGGGCCCCGGCGCGCCGCGGCGUCCUGGCCGCCCUGCUGCGCUGCCUCGGCGGGCCGCCCCGGCUGCGCCCGCAGCUCCGCGGCGAGCAGGAGCUGGCGCUGGCCAUGGCGCAGUGUGCCCUGGAUGACUCGGAGCGGGUGCACAUGCGGAUCCUGCAGACCAUCUACCGGCAGCUGACGCGCUCCAGGCUGGGCUGCCCGCGCUACGGGGCGCACUGGGAGGAGCUGGGCUUCCAGGGUGCAGAUCCUGGCACUGACCUGCGUGGGACAGGAAUGCUGGGGCUGAUGCAGAUCCUGUUCUUUGUCCUGGAUUCCCGGACGCUGCCGCUGGCACGGGAGAUCUUCCAGCUCUCCCAGCAUGAAACCCAGAAUUUUCCCUUCUGCAUCAUGUCUGUGAACAUCACGCGGAUCGUGAUCCAGGCGCUGCAGGAGGAGCGGCUCUCCCGGGAGUGCAACCGGCGGCAGCAGGUGAUCGCGGUGCUCAACGACCUCUACGCCGCCGCCUUCCUGCGCCUCUCCCGCCUCUGGGAGCAGCAGCACGGCACCGUGGCCAACGCUGGCUUCUUCCUCAAGGAGCUGGAAUUAUCCACCAAAAAGAAGCCGAGGCAGCUGCUGAAAUCCCUGGAAGCCUACCUGAGCCGUGGCCUUCGGCCUCCCUCCCCUCCCUCCUCCCAGAUCCACUUCAGCAGCAUUUGUGACCCUGGCGUGGAGCUGGAGGGAGAUGCCUGACUGCUCUGGCACGGAGGGUGGUCCCGGAGGUGCGAGGCCCCCGCCCCUCCGCAGGUCACCCGGGGCCGCUUUGGCCUCUCCAGGCCGCUGCACCCCGUGGGCUCGGGGCCGUGGGACGGACGGGGCUGGGGACGGGACGGGGACGGGGCUGGUGGUGCCGGGGUGGUGGGGACCCCCCCGGGGCCACCGGGGCUGGGCUGA